ACAAAAGUCAGGCGUGUCUGGCGAGUGCUCAGGCCACAAGGAAGAUGUACAACGUCGUCCAGCGCACCAAUGCCGUCUUCGGAUUGGCCACGUCGGUGCUCAUGGGCCUCAUGGCAGCCAUUGCGUUGUCAAGCUUCAUCAUACCGGUCGAGAUGAAGCCCGGCUCACUCAAGAUCAACUCGCUCAACGUGGCUUUGGGUCGUACGCGUGAUGGUUACGGCAGAGCGAGCACGGCCGAGUCAGAGUUUGCGUUCGCUCGCUUUGACAUCCAAGCAGAUCUGCGGCCGCUCUUUCAUUGGAAUACCAAACAGCUCUUUGUCUACUUUGUGGCCGAGUACGCGACGGCAGAUCAUCCGCACAACGAAGUCGUCAUUUGGGAUCGCAUCAUCAGGCGAAAACAAGAUGCUCGCGUCAAUAUAGGCGGCGCGAAGAACAAAUAUCGCUUCAAGGAGAUCUCUGGCAAGUUCAACAAUGCAACAGCGACGUUCUCGCUGCAGUACAAUGUCAUGCCUUGGGUCGGAGUACUCACCACAGGCGAAGCUGGACGAACGAGCGCAAUCCAAUUUCCAGCGGCUCAAGGCAGAGUAGGAUACCAAUGAUGAUGUAAAAGUGACUCAUGCUUGUUGUAUGCUCAACUGCAAUGCUAGUGCCAAUAACCUCG